CAUCAUGGCUCCAUCAACGCAACAUAAUCAAAAUGAGUGUGCACUUACUGCAGACCCGGAAAUGGUCACUUCCCACCCACCAACCAUGGAAGUAGAAGAACCAGUGCAAGAGCAAGCCCCACUAACCUGUACGUUGUCUGGCCGAAAUCUAUAGGGCCCGUCUAACAAUUCAGGAAAUCUACCCUGGUGGUGAUAGCCGCCUUCAUGAGCAUCUUCACCGGCUGCGGCCUCAACUUUGCAUUCGGCGUGUAUCAAGAACUCUACGAAUCCAUGUCCCAACUCCCCGGUCGCACCCCCUUCACCGGCGUCACUCCCGCCCAGAUUGACCUCAUCGGGACGCUGGCCGUCUCGAUGAUGUCCCUCGGAGCGCCAUUCGCCUCGGGCUGGUGCAAAUCCUACUCCCCCCGUAGGAUCACCCUCGCGGGGACGAUCAUCUUCGCUACGGCGAACGUCCUCGCAUCGUUCAGCCAGCGCCUCUGGCAAUUCGUCCUCACCCAGGGCGUGCUACUAGGCUGCGGCACAUGUCUCACCUACAUCACCGCCGUAACCGUCGCGCCAGGCUGGUUCACCACGCACCGCGGCCUCGCCAUCGGCAUCAUCUCCUCCGGCACCGGCGUCGGCGGCGUCGUCUGGGCGCCGGCGCUGCGGGCCUUAAACGCCCAGAUCGGGUUUAGGAAUACCCUCCGUCUGACAGGCGGUGUCUCCUCGGUACUCCUGGGCGCCGCCUCCCUCGUACUAGACUGGGACCCGCGCACCAAGCGCCAGAUCGAGACAGAACGAGCGACAUCCUCCUCGUCCCGACUCCGCGUCACGCUUGUAGACUGGCGCGUCGCGCGUACCAGGAAGUUCAUCGCGCAGUGCGUCUCCGCGGGCUUGCAGGGCGCAGCGUACUACGCGCCUGUAUACUUCAUGUCGACGUAUGCGCGCACGCUGGGCUACUCUGCGGCAACAGGGGCCAUGUUCAUCUCUAUCUCGAAUGCGUCGUCGGCGGUAGGGAAGGUGGUUAUCGGGCAUGUGGCGGACCGUGCGGGACGCAUCAACGUCUUCCUGUUUACGACGCUGAUGAGCGCCGUCGCGACUCUGGGGCUGUGGUUGCCGUCCACGGUAUCCGGGGGAAGGCCCUGUUCGUCGCGUUUGCCAUGUUCUAUGGUUUUGUUUCCUGCGACGCUGGUGGAGCUGUUUGGGGUGGAGCACUUUGCUAGUGUUAAUGGGUUUCUGUAUAUGGUCCGUGGGUUUGCGGCUUUGGUUGGGACGCCGGUGGCUGGGGCGUUGAUUCGGAGUGCUGGUUCGCAUGUCGGUCAGGAAGUGAUGAGCAAGCUGUUCUUCAAUACGAGUAUCCUGGUGGGCGUUUUGCUCGUCGGUGCUACGGUGGGUGUGGUGUGGGUGCGAAUCGAGGCAGCUGUCAGCAUGAUGGAUCGUCAGGUUGGGGUCGGAGGCUUCAAAUGGAGGAUUUGAAGCUAUAUCUCCAUUUCUCUGUAUAUAUAUGUUUUAUCGGCACAUUGAGAACUCUCCCCUCACUUUCGGACACCUAAUCUCGGCAUCGUAUAAACCUUGUCAGUCCAUCCGCACUAGACAUAUAAACACAGCAGCCCGAGAAACGAGCGAAUACGAG